AUGGGUAAAGGAGAGCUAGGCAUAGACACCGAGAUAGAUGAAAUUGAGGGCGAAUCGUCUUCACGUGUUCGUAUCGAUGAAGUGCGCCCCUUUCGAACACGUUACCCUGGUUUAGUUAGAUUGAAAGCCUACAUAUUCGAUGGAUUAGGGGAUUACUACAAUAAAGAAUGGGAUCUCUUAGAGGGUAAUGACAAAGAAUUUUGUUGGUAUCAUGUUGAAAUCCCCAAAGGGAAUCAAAAACUUUCGCAAUCUGCUCAAUAUCUUAUUGAUGUUCUUUGUCCUCCAUUAAAACUACAAGACAUUCUUUCUUUAAUUAGCAAUGGACCAUAUUGUGGGCAUGUCGAUGGAGCUCUUGUAUUUAGGGUUAAUUCACCUGGUCCACCUUCUAGCAAGUUUACAUUUAGAUUAGCUGCUAGGGUUACUGAGAAUUCUGUGAUUACAGUGUCAUUAGGGCGAGUGCCUAGAUUAGGGUUUUCUCCUGUGGGCCAGUCUCUUUUAUCUGAAAUCCCAAGUGUAGAGAGUCCAAGUGCUAAACAUAGUGGGUCAUCGGAAAAUGAUGGUUUUGUGAUCAAAGAACAUGUUCUUGAGUUCUUGUUGACAAUGAAUCAUUCUGAGGAGGCAGACAAUCCUGUUCCUAAAUCGGUUUCCAAUUUGGUUGUUCAUAUUGUUGAUACUCAUGUGGAUCACCUUGAGGAUGUUGUUACUAAACUUGAGAUCGAGCUUGAUUCUGUAGAAGUUGAUUUGGAUAAAGGUGGUUUUUACUUGAAGAAACAAUUGUUGGAUGAUAGAAGAUUCCCUAAAAUGCAUCUAGACUUACAACGCCUCUUGCAGGUGAUUACACAUGGAGAACAAGUGUUUCCAAGAGUGAAGGAAAAAUGUUCUGCAAAAGAUUGGUUUGCUAAUGAAGACAUCAAUUCCCUUGAAGAGUUAAUCAGACGAUUGAAAAGAUUAAAAGAUAAUGUUGGUUUUAUCUCCAAUCGUGUGACAGCUGUACAGGCUGGACUUGACAGUUGGCAGGCAGAGCAAAUCAACCGAAAACUCUACUAUCUCUCAUUCCUCUCCAUCAUAUUCCUUCCUCUAUCCAUCAUCACAGGAGUUUUUGGGAUGAAUGUGGGAGGGGUGCCAUGGACAGGACAAAGAGAUCCAAAGAUAGCAGAUGGAUUCAGAAACGUGAUGUUGGUUUGUGUGGCAACUUUAGCUCUUGUGUUGUUAUCCUUCUUGUUUCCUUUUCUUUAUAGCCGAAUAACUGCUUGGAGAAAACAAAGAGCUUUGAAAAGAAGCUGGUCACUUAACAAAAGGUCUUUCCUCAGAAGAACUGGUGGAGAAAGAGGAGGUUACCUUCGCCUCUGAGAGUAUGUUAGCUCUUUGUAUAUCACGUUUUUCUGAAUCACAUGUAUAAUCCAAUAGUAAUACUUUUCCAUGGUUUUUACUUGGUUUAAUCUUGUGAAUAGUUGGUGCAUAACAAGUUGGGAUUUUUUGUGCAUAUGAAUCAUUUUAAAAUGCGUUUAUGAGGGUGUGAUUGUUGGC